AUGGAAUCGCCUCUUGACGAUUUAACUCAGUAUGUGAUUCUUAGGGAUGAUUUACAAACUGACGGAAGGAGUUGGCCUCGGGGUGCUCUCAUAGCUCAGGCUUGCCACGCAUGCGUUUCUGUCAACUCCAUCUUCAAGAGCGACCCUAACGUCUGCAGAUACACUAGCCUUGAGAACCUUCCUCACCUCAGGACCGUCGUCCUCUCCGUCGAAAGUGAGACGAAGCUUCUCGACUAUUACAACAUUCUCACUGCCAACCUCGUGAGCAGCCACCUUUUCACUGAGCAGCCUGAGAACAUCGUCACCUGCCUCGCCACUGUUCCUGUGGAGAAAUCAAAGAUCAUUUCUAAUCCGAAAAGGUGUGAAGCUAUUGAAAAAAUCAACGACUAA